GAUAAUACGAAGAAAAGCUGUUCAGGCAUUGUACAAAUUCCACCUCAUUGCUCCCAAUCAAGUUCAACACAUUCAUGUUAAAUUUAGGAAAGCACUUUGCGAUAGGGAUGUUGGGGUCAUGGCUGCUUCUCUGCACAUUUAUCUUCGCAUGAUUAAGGAGAAUCCAUCUGCAUAUAAGGACUUGACAGGAAGCUUUGUAACAAUUUUGAAGCAAAUAGUGGGAGGAAAACUCCCAGUAGAUUUCAAUUACCACAGUGUACCAGCACCUUGGCUACAAAUUCAGCUCUUGAGGAUAUUAGGACUUCUAGGAAAAGAUGAUCCAAGGACAAGUGAAUUAACAUAUGAUGUUCUUGAUGAGUCCUUAAGAAGAGCUGAGUUAAGUCACAAUAUCACAUAUGCUAUUUUGUUUGAGUGUGUCCAUACAAUUUAUACCAUCUAUCCUAAACCUGAAUUGCUUGAGAAAGCUGCUAGAUGCAUUGGAAAAUUUGUUUUGUCUCCUAAAAUAAAUCUCAAAUAUUUAGGACUAAAGGCUCUUACCUAUGUUAUCCAGCAGGAUCCCAAUCUGGCACUUCAGCACCAGAUGACAAUAAUUGAAUGCUUAGACCAUCCUGAUCCCAUUAUUAAAAGAGAGACAUUGGAACUUCUUUAUAGAAUUACUAAUGCACAGAAUGUAAGUGUUAUUGUCCAGAAAAUGCUUGAAUAUUUGCAUCAGAGCAAAGAAGAAUAUAUCAUCAUCAGUUUAGUUGGCAAAAUAGCUGAGCUGGCUGAGAAGUAUGCUCCUGAUAAUGAAUGGUUUAUCCAGACGAUGAAUGCUGUAUUUUCAGUGGGAGGAGAUGUGAUGCAUCCUGAUAUCCCUAACAAUUUUUUGAGACUCCUGGCAGAAGGUUUUGAUGAUGAAAACGAAGACAAACAGCUAAGACUCUAUGCAGUCCAGUCUUAUCUCAGCUUACUAGAAAUAGAAAAUGCAUUUUAUCCACAGAGAUUUCUGCAGGUCAUGAGCUGGGUAUUAGGAGAAUAUUCCUACCUUUUAGAUAAGGGAACACCAGAGAUCGUUAUAACAAAGCUCUACGGGUUGCUUAUGAAUAAAUCUACCACUUCAGAAACAAAAGCCUGGAUUAUGGCUGCGGUGACCAAGUUGACACUCCAAGCACCCUCCUCUAAAACAGUUGAGAAACUAAUCCAGGAAUUCAGUGUAUCCCUGGACACUUGUAUGAGACAGCAUGCUUUUGAAUUAAAACAUUUACGGGAGAAUGUGGAACUUAUGAAGAACUUACUUCCAAUUGAUAAAAGUUGUGAAGACUUAGUGGUAGAUGCUUCUUUGUCCUUCCUGGAUGGUUUUGUGGCUGAAGGACUAGAUCAAGGAGCAGCUCCAUAUAAGCCUCAUCAUCAGCGACAAGAAGAAAAGCUUUCUCAGGGAAAAGUGACUUCAGUGUGGUGUGCUACAAUGGAUGUUUACCUGUAUUUUAGGUUUACUGCAGUUCUCAAUUUCGAACCAUAUGGACUGUCUUUUUCUUCAACUAUGUCCUCAUCUGGUUGCACUGGACGGCAGUCUCCAGCUGGCAUCUCUCUUAGUUCUGAUGUAUCUGGGAAUAGUGCUGAAACAGGACAGAAGGAGAUAAAUAGCCUGAAGCUGGAAGGUGUGAAAAAAUUAUGGGGAAAAGAAGGCUAUCUUCCAAAAAAGGAAAACAAAGCAGGAAACAACCCUGAGCUUCAACCUGUUGCUCAGGACAGUACAUUAGUGGAGAAUGUGGAUCACAUGAUGUUAAAGAAGGAUCAGCCCCAGGCUCUUCAUCAUUCAGAGGAAGAGGCAGAAAAACAGCGUCUGGCUUCAUCGUUAUUCGUUGGGCUGGGAUCAGAAAGUGCAGUCAGUCUGCUGGGAAAAACAGAUACUGUCUCUCACAAGUUCCGAAGGAAAUCAAAAGUUAAUGGCACCAAAAAUAGAGAAGUAACCAUUGCACAUAACAUUAACUGCUCUUCUUUCAAUCCUUUGUCAAAUGUACCUUAUGAAAAUAAUGAUCAUCUGAACAAUAUUCAGAACAAAGGAGGCACAGGAUUAAAGAAAUGUUCUCUUGGUUCAGAAGUUUUGGAAUCAGAUUUAAAAUCAGAGUCACUCGCUGAACUACAUUUGGUUGAGAAUCUCUCAGCUUGCAACCUGUCUCCACCUUCUUUGUUUGAAGAUAAUAGCAUGGAGAUUUUUCACCCUCCUCAUCCUACUCUUUCCUCCUUUGCUAAUGAAAUCUCUCUAACUUCUUCCUUAUUGGAAGAGCUAAAUGAACAUGUACAUUCAGAUGUAGUGGAACUCUGUAACAAUGAAAUAUUAAAAGUAUCUUCUUGCAAAAUUUGGAGAGAUGAUUGCUUAUUGCUGGUCUGGUUGGUUGCCAACAAGAGCAGUCUGGAACUGAAGAGUAUGAAUUUAGAAAUUACACCUACAGAAAAUUUCAAGAUCCUUGAGCAUCCUGGCUUCUGUUUUCCUAUAAUAGAAGCAGAAAGCACCAAAAGCAUCCAGCAUCAUGUGCACAUGGAAAAGCCUUUUACAGAGGAGGGUCUUUCUGGUUAUAUUAAAUAUCAAGUGGAAGAGGAUCCAUAUAUUCAGCUAGAUUUUUCAGUAACCUUAUCACUAUUGGAUUUCAUUAGACCAAUGAAGAUUUGUACUGAAGACUUUGGCAAACUUUGGUUAUCCUUUGCAAAUGAUGUGAAACAAAACGUAAAAGUGUCAGAUUCUCAAGCUAAUUUGCCUUUUGCACUGAAGACCCUGCAGCAGAAACUAAGACUGCACAUCGUUGAUAUUAUAGGAAAUGAAGGAAUAUUGGCCUGUUAUCUACUCCCCUCAGUCCCCUGCUUACUGCACUUAAGGGCUCACGAAGGAAUGGUUGCUCUGUGGUUCAGAUCCUCUUGCUCUUCCCUUCCAGAUUAUUUAUUGUAUCAGUGUCAAAAGGUGAUGGAGGAAUCCUGAUCAAAACUCCGCUUGUUUUCUACUUUGAAGGUUUACAUAGAAAAAAUUAUUUACCAAAGUAAAAUGAACUCACGGUACAUCUAAUGAAAACGGGAAUAAUUUGGCUUUUGAGUGUUUCCUAAAGGUCUUAUUAGACAAGAAAGAGCUCCAAGAGACUGUACCUUUAUCACUUUGCUCAGGAUUGUAUAGUAUUUGUGUCCUCCCAAAAGUGACCUAACUGUGUUAGCGUUUUAAAACUUAAUGGUUUAACAUGAUCUAGAGCAGAGAGACUGAAAAUAUUUAUUUUGUAAUAAGCAGUUUUCUAGUUAGCACAUUUACUCCAGGACUAGUGGAUUUGUAGAUAAGGUGAAGUCUCAGUUAUCUGCGCUAAUGGAGAGAGAAAUAAGUGGAUAAUCCCAAGUGUAAUUAAUAUUUGGUUUUGAAAUGCAUUGUCUGACUUUUAGUAAACUAAUCUUCCUAAUUAUGUUUUGAUUAGACUGGUAUUAAAAUUAGUUUGCACCCUUUGAACCUACACCAAAUGAUACUGGUGAUGGGAGUCCAGAAGCAUGUUGAAUGACAAGAGGAAGUCAUCUUGACCUUAACUCUGUUACAUUUAAUCCAUACAUGUAUGACUGAGAAUUGACCACAAAAUCUGUCCCUUUCUCACACAGUUAUUUUUUUUAAACUGAAAAUUAAUCAUUGUGCAGACUAUAUAUUUUUUAAAUACCUACUUACACAUUAUUAUAUAGAAAUAAAAUCCCUAAUUGGGUAUAUUACAAAAACAUACACCUCAUUUAUGGCUAAUACCUUGGCAUCAUUUGCUACUCAGGACAUUUAUGCUAAUUUAACUUUAGGAGUAAAAUGGCAUGCAUUCUUGAUACUCUUUGAAUACACCUGAGUAGCAAUGACACAGAUAACCUGUAUAGGUAUUGCAGCAAAGACAUGCCAUUUUCUCAUUGUCUGGGUCUUUUUUUCCCCUCACCUGUUACAUAGGUAGCUGGCAGCCUCUGAGAGUCAUUGUCAAAAAUGUAGCUUCUACCAGUAAGAGGAACUUAAUGCUAAACUGAGUUAAUAUUUCCAAAAUUUUAAGAUUGUAGAUUAAUGUUAAAAACUGAGAUAAUAUUUUACAGUCUGAAGUACUUCCUGAAUCUAUUAUGUCGUUUUUCAAAUGGUUCAACGUAGAUUCUUCAGGCAAUACCAUUUUAAAUCAUAGAUUGAAAUCAUAGGUAGGAGUUAAUUAGUUAUUUCAUUUAUAUGGUCAAAAGCACCUAAUCACAGCUGACGAAAAUAUUAAAGGAUUUUCUUAGACCUGACAAAUUUAAUUAGUUGUAUAUGUGCUGUAGAGUAUGCUUUUCCAACAACAAACAGUAUUUUCUCAUAACUAUUUUAAGUUGCUCAUUUCUUUAAGUAACACUUUAUUAUGACCUAUUCAUUUAAACAUAUAGUAGAGUCCUGCUUACAACAACAGGGUUAAAGGACAAAAGAAUUGUCUACAUUAUGAACUUUCCAUGCGAUGAUGAGGGAGACUACCCUCAUCCCUCCCAUGCCUCAGCAAGGGGAGAGGAGGCAGUGAUAUGUUGCAUCUGGGGGGUAUGAGGCAGCAGUGACAUGGCAACCUCCCCUAAGGCUUGUUCCGUUCCAGCCCUGGAGAGUGAUAUAUUUAUCCUGCCCUUCGUGAUGUUUCUGCUACUGCUCCAGUCAUUAGUGGAGAAGGAACAUCCCUCUGUCACAGUACAAAAGCAUAUAGUGCCAUUUGGGGACUUGGGCUCCUUCCCUCCUUUCACUGGUUAGGGUGAGCUUGUACUCUUGAACUCAUCUGAGAUUGGUGUUUGGAGCACCCAUCAAACAGGUAAGAGGCUCAUUUGGAGUGAACACCACAAGCCUCUUUCUUCUAUCCUUGGUUAAAAGGGGGUACAGUCCUCCCUUACCCCAGCAGUUGUUGCAGCAGGAGUAAAAAGCCAAGGGAUGGAUGCUGUGGGCCACAGAAGCCAAUCAGUAGAGGGACGUAUACAAGGAGGAGUUGAAGGCUUAUCACACCAUUGUUGUUUCUGCUAUUUGGAGUUCUUCCAUAGGAGAUGUGCUUUCCCUUAUUUAACAGCUGUAUCUAAUCACUACAGCACUGCUUUAAGACUUUAAAUUUUUUUAUAUGUGAUUUCAAAACCAAAUGUUACAAAUACAGCUUAUGAACAAAACUCAUUGGAUUUUAAAGUAUUCAAUAACAGUGCAUAUGAAGCUUAUUUUUAUUGAAUGUUUAAAUUCUAAAACAGGGAUCAUCCUCUGUAUAUUUUAUUCAGUUUGACUAUAAUGGGAUGAGACUGAUUUCAUGUGGGAUUUCUGGAACCAAUCUCAUUGCUGCAUAGUCAACUUUGUGCUAGGUUUAAGGACAACACUAAGAAUGCUGGGCCGGUAAUGGUGGCUGGGGUGCUCAGCAGUAUGAAUAUUCCUCACCCUGGGUAAUCACAGUGGGCCCCUUCACUGUGGCAACAAAUGUGAGGUUGGAGUGAAUAAAAGGAAAGGCGGUAAAGAUCUAAGUGCAGUGAUGGUAGAUGGAAGUAAGAUGGUGUGGUCCUCAGGGAGGGACAUGUGUAGAAGGGGAAGUUUUGCUGUCCUAACAGAAGCGUCGAGGAAGAGUGAACCUUAGAGGAAGCAGUGAGCACUGUGGAGUAGAGGUGAUAGGUGGUAGUCAAGUAGUGACUGGGAUGCCAGUCUGUGGUUAGCAUAUCGAAUGUUGCAAAGCCCUGUCUCAAUUAUUAAUGUUGUCUGGGAAAAUUUCUGUGUGGUGGAAAGACAGUGUUUUAUUCCCCUCACCCUCUUUUUAUUUAAUGUUAAUAUUUUGAAAAUGUUAAACCAUCUUUUUUGUGGAACUAUCUUUUUUCAUGGAUAGAAGCCAUUUUUGUCUCAUUGUUAUCAGCCAAUGAGUUAUUGAAAAUGCACUGAACUUACUCGUUUGUCUGUAAGUAUUUUACUGUGUUAAACUUUUGGGAGAGAAAAUGAAAUGUACCUUUAACAGGCAGUAAUUUUUGUCUUUUGGAGGUGGGUUCUAUAAUUUGGAAAAGUUCAAUUAAAUGUAAAACUGGCAUAAAAUUGUCAAUACUAAUUA